AAACAACGGCGGAAGUGGGGAUCGUGCGCCAUUUUCUAUUUUUGUAUAGCAGUGAACUAGUGUUGUAUGUGUACAUUUUGUGUGAUAAAUCGAUGGAUUAUUAAAUAAUUGACGGAGGACGUGCUGAUGUAAUGAAAUGAUAUUCAGUAACACGUGCUUCGAAUCUCACGCGAUCAAUUAUUAUUUUGCGUUCAUCUUCUGCAUAACCCGUGCGUAAAACCGUAGCCCUCGUUCAGCACGUAAACACUUUUUCUUCAUUUCUCUUUUGAACGAAGUGAGAGUGGCCACCGAGAGCCAUCGGUAUUAGAACUGUUACCUGGUUGAGUCGACGUUUAAAACUGUAUCGUUUGACCCCCCUCCCCCCUAAUCGCGGAAUCCUUUCCUCGCUUUUAAAGAUAAAACUCGAGACAUAGAAGGAAAAACCAGUCUGUGAUACUAAACAGUACUAAGGUAUAUAGCUAGAAUAUAAACUCAACAAUUAGAUAUAUACGUAUGUAUGGCGUAUGAGACGUAGAUAGAUCUCACAUAAAAGAUCUAGAAAAAAUAAAGUCUGUAUAGUGUGUGCUGUGAAUUUUACCUUACUCGAAGGAUAAACGUGGUAAAAAGCAGAAUGUCUCAGGAAUCUGUGACAAAUGACAAGCAACUGCCAACUCCUAAAGAUAAAGGAGAUGAAGCAAUUAUAUCUAUGUCGGUGGCUGGGGAGGUAACCGACACUUCAAUUAUGGAAGUAGGCCGUUCAAGACCUCAAUUCCAAUAUUCCCGGGAGGAAUUAAUGCUGAUAAAGAGUUUGCCGUUAUCUAAGAGGAGGCCUGACUUCUUAGAUACUUCAUAUAAUAAUUCGCGUGGUGUAUGGGAUCCUGAACGUUGGCAUUCGGAUAGGAAACGAAGUGAUACACCACCGAAAGACGAAAGAACUGGACGUGGUGAUCAAGUUACUGAAAGUCAUAAUAAACGUCGAAACGGAGAUCCAAGAGAACGAAUUCGUAAGGAACAAGACGGCAUAGUAUUGAGUCCUCAGCGUAGAAGUUUUAAUUCAGGUUGUUUUGUCAACGUAAAUCAACCUUCGAAUCGACGUCCUGAGAGUCCAAUAGGAAAAACAGAGGUUAGUCACAGGGAACCUGUUCGUCGAAUUGGGAGCGGCAGGAUUUUAACUCGCGAUAUAUGGGACUUCAGACCUGAGAAUGAGAAACUGGAACCUGCCUUUCGGUCUGGAGCAAGUGGUGGUAAUUCUAUGCGUGAUCGUGACAACAGGGAUACUCGCGAUGGAAAGGAUCGGGAAAAUGCAAGAGAAAGAGAUCGUGAUCGUGAUAAUUUGCGUGAACGGGACGAGAGGAACGAACGGUUUGAGCGAAGAUCAUUCGGUCGUGACUAUGGUGAUAGGGAUAGGGAACGCGAUCGAGAUAGAGCAGCUGAACGCAAUGAUCGUAAUCAUCAAUCAGAACGUGAUAAGGAUCGUGGACGCGAACGAAGAUUCAGUAAUGAUCGCAGACGAACAUAUAGCGAAAAUCGUUGCGAUGUAGAUGAACCAGAAUGGUUUAGUUCCGGACCGACAUCCCAGCAUGAUACCAUUGAGUUAAGAGGUUUUGAAGACAUACCUGAAGAAAAAGCGGUGAAUAAUAGCAAUAGCAAUACUAAGAACAAAAAACAAACUCCGGUACAGAAGAAGCGCGGGAAAAAAAGUUCGUUGGAGAAAGAUGGAAAGCAAACUGAAAAUUUAGCAGGUCCGAAAGGACGAAGUACACCGACCGCGAUGGAUCAACCUAUAAACGUUGUACCUGCUCCUCAUUCGCCAAUCUCAGAACAAAACGAGUCGACGUCUCUCGCGCAAAAACCGAAUCACGAUUCCAACGAAAGCGCUGUGACCGAACAAAGUUGCGAAACGACAGAUAGUUCUAGCACCGCUAAUCAGAAUCAAGAAAAUAGUCAUCCUGAUUUUAAUCUAGAUGAAUUCUUGAAAUCUGACACAUUCCCUGGCGUACCUGGACUUUUAACCAAUGGAGUUGGCUCAAACGGAGGUUCUUGUUCCCGAUUUAGUCAGUGGUUUAAGAGGGAGAGUCCUGUUCAACAAGUAGAUAGUCGUAGAACUUCUAUACAAGAUGAUAUAUUGAACAAUCUCCUUAAUGAUAUUACUGAACCAAAUAUCCAGAUUCCAUCAGUGACUGAAUCUAAUACAUACUUUGCUCCCAUUUCUCCUGCUAAUACAACGGCAGCAAACAAUACUACAUCCGCUACUGGUGUAAAGCUCCUGGAAAUGCUACAACGUGGUAACAAACCAAGUCAAAAUGGACAAGGAGAUGCAGCUAGCACUGUCAUACCGAUGAUGAAAAGUUCAUCUAUUAAAGAUAUGGAAGUUGGUGGGAAAGUUGUGCACAGUCUCGAAGAGUUGGAAGCACGCAUGCGAGGUGGCGCUCCUCCACCUACGUCUUCGACUGAUCAACCUCGUGUAAAUAAGACUGAAGAAGAUCUUUCUGCGUUUAAAAAAUUGCUUGCUCAAGUGACUGGGGGACAGGCUAUACCAGCGGCAAACGGUCCUAUUUCUCAAAAACAACCUGUGACAUUAAUACAAUUGCUUAACUCACAACUGAAAACACAACCAAUUGCUCCCCAACAAUCGGUCCCAGAACCAAUGCAUGCUACAACAUUUAAUCACGCUGGUUCUGUUGGACCAACUCAGCACCCACAUCAGGCACAAAUGCAGCACGAAAAUCUAAUGAAAGUAUUACAGAUUCAACAGCAGCAACAAAAACAACAACAACAGCAGCAGCAGCAGCAGCAUUCAGACAUGUUGUCUAUGAUGAUGGGUGGUCAACGAAUGUUAGGUAUGAGUCCAGUUCCACCGGAAAUGCAAAUGAUGUUGAGUAACGCUCCAACAAGUCAGGAGCUCCUCCAAAGACCAGAAGCUCAAGCAAUUAUUCAAGGUCUUCAACAAGGAGAAAUAACUAGACAACAUCUCAUACAGCAACUACAGAAUCCAGCCAUGCAACAUCGUCACAGAGAAGUUCUAGUAAACAUUUUGAAAAUGUAUGGUGGUACUACGCCGCGUACAAUAAGUCCGCAUCCUAAUGCACCCACUCCUCAAGAUCAUAUCUUGCAACAGAUGUUGUAUCAACAGCAACAACAAAGGAUUCCAUCCCCUAUGAACAAUGCUUAUUGUCCACCUUCAAUAAUAUCUCCAAAUUUGACUGCUAGCCCCAGUACAUUAACAGUACAGCAUCCAGUGAUGCAACAUAGGGUUCCUUCACCGCGGGAGAUUGUCAUGCAUGCUCAAUCUAUAAUGCAAAGUGCUUUAAUUAAGAAAAAGUUGGAGGAACAACGUGAGAACUUCCGGAAGCGACAGGAUCAACAGCAGCAGCAACAACAACAACAAGCUCAACAAAGAGCGUCGAGCCCCGUUAAUUCGCCAGCAAAGCAGACCAUGAGCCCAACGCCACUUGCUUUUACCCCGACGUCAGUGUUACGUAAAAUGACUGCCGAUAAGGAACCCGAGGGAAAUAGUAGCGAUCCAUCAAAAUUGACGGCUCAAUCACAGACAUCGCAAAUGCAACAAAUGCAGUCUGCAGUUCAAUUACUGACACAAGGAGUUCUAUGUCGACACAAUACCUUACGACCACAGUCUGUUCAGUCUACAUGGUCAAACCCGACUAUUAAGCAACACCCAGGUCGACCAAUAGUAAAAGGUGGUAGUGGUAUUGGCAAUGGAAGUAAUCAAUUCCAAUACAAUGCAAAUUCAGAUUUUCAACAGCAGCAACAGCAACAACAACAGCAGCAUAGAACGGUUUCAAGCGUGUAUGGUAAUCCUGCACGCUCCAAACAUACCAUGACUAGUUCUAUCCCACAUCAUAAUAUUCCACAAUACAAUGUUGCUCAGAAUUCGAUGAUAAAUCAGAGGUCAAAUAGUAUGAAUAAUCAAAUGAAGGUGCAGCAAGCCCCUUCACAUUUAGCUAACAUGCAACAUCAACCGCCGCAACAACAACAGCGGAUUCUUAACUCACAAAUGCAAAUGGUUUUAAAUCAAAAUUACAACUCCAAUCGUGCAGAUGGGCGAGUAAUGCGGUCGCAGCAAUUAAACAUGCCCGUAGGUCGACAAGCGUCACCGGGUUUAGGAUAUGUGGGUAGCAAUGGUGGAGACCUGUCACCGACUUCGAAUCAGUUGGCACGAUGGUUUAGUCCAGAACUUCUUGCUCAAGCUCGGGCUGGUAAGCUACCAGAGCUUGUCCAGACAAAUGUUUUAUCGUUGGAAGAAUUAGAAAGACUUCAACAUGCAUCAACUACAGUGCAUAAUUAGAUUUAUAUUGUAUCUCCUCAUCUGUUUAAUUGCAAGCACAGGAACCCAUCGGCGCAGUCGUCGCUCUAACAACUUAUAUCUUUUAAAUUAGAUGGCUUUUCAUAUUAAACAGUCAGUAUGAAGAUUCACUCCGAUUAAAAAGAAAUCCAUUUCAGUAAAAUAUUAAGAAAUGUACUGCUUGCAUAUGCAAAGUCAUUUAGGUAAUAAACCUUAAUGGAAAUAAGGUUUAGUGAAAUAAAUACCCACUUUGGAAAGAGACAUUUUUGAAUACGAUACAGAUUAGUUGAGCAGUAUUUCCUUUCUAUGAAAAUGUCUUUUUCUUUUCAAUUAUAUCUUAUGACUUAUUUGUAAUAAACUUUACAUACAGCAUUACUUAGGAAGCUACAAAUGUACAGAGGAAUAUGGAAUAAUGAUAUAGAAUUGAGGAUGAUUAAAGGAAGAUAAGCCAUUUAAAAACAAAUCUAAUUGAACAUCUUUCUAUGAAAACAGAUUUAUUGCUUAUAAGACUGAAAAAAAUAUAAAAAUUCUUACUAUUGACUAUGAGAAAACAAAAUAAUAUUUCAUUAUAUAUAGUUUCUAAAUGGCAAUAAAGCGAAAGUUAUUUGCCUAAGUAUGGAUAGCAAGUCCUUAUUUAUAAAUUACAGCGUAGCUAUGGCUCGAUUUCAAGAAUUAUUUAUUAUUGUGAAACCUUUAUUAUAUGUAUAACUUGUUACCGAGCUGCUAUGUUAUUAAUUUAACCAUUUUUUUUUUCGACCAUUUAUUUCUUACCGUGAUGAAGCUUGCAGAGUCCUUUAGGUAAAUAAUUAUGGUCGAAAUCUUAAGAAAGUGGUAAAUUGCAGCACCCACGAAUACAGUUAUAUAUACAGAGAAAAGUGUCAUAUAUUAUAUUCUACUUAUAUUAUUACGAACAGUGUGGUCGUAUGAACAGAAUGAACAUGCGUUAAUAAAACAAGAGCAAGUACUCAACAGAUCUUGCAUAUAUUAAGGAGAUAAAUAUAUAAUAUAUACUUUGUAGAAGCGUGAGGAUACAGUGUUAUUAUCAUGUUCGAAAGCGAAAGUUAGAACAAACCAAUUUCAAAUGCAACAACCUUGGCAGGUAGAUAGAAAAAGCGUUUGCAAAAUUUAUUAAAAGGAAAAGGAAUGCGAGAGAAAGGAAUAGAAAGAGAGAGAGAGAGAGUGAGAGUGAGAGUGAGAGUGAGAGUGAGAACAUUCCAACGGUUAUAAAGGGACAAAAUAAACGAAAUACAUUUACAAAUUGAGAUGAUUUAAUGUCGAUAUUGCUGCCAAUAUGUGUUUGCUUUAUAAUUAACUUGUUAUUUUUUGUGAUUACAUUUUUCGUACAAUCAUAUUUAUAUUUGACCGAUAGCAUCAACAAUAAUAAUACAAAAACUUGUUCUUUUUUUUAACUUUUUUUAAUCUAAUUUGUUAUUUGGUUGAUGAUUAAUCAAUACUAUACUCUCAUAUCAGUUAUAUGAAAUUGCAUUUUCCCCUAAUUUAAUAAUGAAUGAUUCUUUUAUACUUCAUUUUCGAACCUAGUAAGGACAUUAAAAGGAUCUGACAUGAUGUUAAUGAAUGAAAAUAUUUUUCUAAAUUUCAUUUUGUGUUCAUAUAUAUGAACUGACAAUUAAAUAAUUUCAUUGAAUUACAGAAUUCAUGAACUUCUGUUACAUAUACCCCCUGUUUUACAAUGCUCUAUUUAAUAAAAUUGAUUUUCAUAUUUGAAUGUGCUCAUUCUGUCUUUUUACUUAUUUUUUCGAAAUUUUUUAAUUAAAAUAAUAUCACAUGAGUGCAACUUCAUAAAUCAGGAGUGUCUUGCAAUAAUCAUGAGUAUAUUUAUGAAAAUAUUUAUGAAAAUUUUUGGUUCAAUCACGUAAUUGUACACUAGAUGUUGAUUACAAAAAUACUUGGCAAGAAACGGAUAUUUUCUGAGUUUAUUACAAAACAUCGUAAAUGACAAAUUUCGAAGCGUAAAACAAGAAUUUCGUAAAUUAUAUUGCAGAUGUGUUGCAAAUGAUUAUAUAGGCUACGAGAAAUGCAACAAAUCUUUUUGGCGCCUUGUAUACAUAUAAUUUUCAUUUCAUUAAAUCAAAAAAUUUGAUGAAAUAUAUGUAAUAUGUUGUUUUAUCUAAUAUAGUUGAAGAUCAAAUUUUUAAUAUUCCUAUCGUUCGAAUGAUUUUCGAUGUGGCGAAGGUGUGCAUAAUGUUCAGAUUAAUUUUUUUCGAUCAACCUCUGUUCUUGUUUAGGCUUAUACGUGUAAUGCGUCCAUAAUUCUGCAAAACUAUGCUAUGUAAAAGACAAAACAAGCCAUUGGAAAUUAUUUACGGGGAGUGUAAUUACUACAAGUACUGCCAACAACAAAUGUAUUAGUGUUAUUAAGUACCAAAAAAAAGGAAUAGACGGUGACAUUUAUCCUCAAAUAUCACUUACAGACAACAUAGUUGCCUUAAGAGAGGCUAUUACAAUUGAAAUCUAUAAAAGAACGCGCGCGCGUGUGUGUGUGUCGCGUGUGUGUGUGUGCGUGUACACAUAGAACGAGAACGAUAUAAAACGAGAUGUCCUUCACAAAAUUGCAUUUACGUUAGAUUCAUUUAUAAGAAUAGUAACGCUUGACGAAUUUUUGGUAGAAAAUCGUUUCUUAUAAAAUUGUAAAGAGGACUUUUAAUUCAACUUUUUUAACGAAUAAAAAAAAGGGUAAUAGUGUUUUGCGCUUUAUUGAUUGUAAUAUCGCAAAAUAUUUGUCCCGUGAACUCGCGAAUUCGAAAUAUUGUUUCGUAAUUCGAAAAUUUUUGUAAAUAAUUCAAAUCCUAAACAAAAACUAAAGUUUAUUGGCCAUGUGUUGGGCUGAUAAUUUGUAAAUAAAGUUACUAAAUAUUACAUUAUGUGAAAUCUAAGAAAACGUCACAAAUAAAUACAAAGAACUGUAAUUGUAA